AUGCAGGUCAGCGGCGUUGCGGGUCACUUGUGCCACCUUUCACUGGUGCGGCAGGGGGCUGGUCCAAGGGUGUCUGAGAUCAAGAAGGAGAUAUCUGAAGUGCUCAAAGUACCUGUGGAGCAGCAGCGGCUCUUGCAUGGUGAUGCUGAACUUCAGGAUGGCCAUGUCCUCUCAAGGUCAUGCGCCGAGCUGACGCUGAUCAAGCGCCCAGUAGAACAAGCCAGGUGGCGCUGGCAGAUGCAGCAGGGCAUGGUGGAGAAGUUGAAGGAGGCACCGGGGCAUAUCAAGGAAGACAGGGACGUGGUGAUGGCAGCUGUUUCCGUCUCAGGAUGCAGCUUGGAGUUUGCGGCCAGCAAUUUGAAAGCUGAUCCAGAGCUUGUGCUGGCAGCUGUGGAGAAUGACUGGCGUGCCUUGCAAUUUGCAGCUGCUAGUCUCAGGGACAAUGAACGCAUUGUCCUUGCUGCAGUUCAGCAGGAUUGGACUGCCCUUCAGUUUGCUGCUCCAUCAGCACGUGGCAAGCAUGACAUUGCCCUGGCAGCCAUGGGACAGGCUUGGGGGGCCAUCCUCUUCAUCGACCAUGAGUUGCGGAAGGAUAGGACUUUCCUCCUGUCUGCUUUGAACGCCGGGUUUUGCAAACUGGAGUUCGCUGCAGCAAGCUUGCGCAGUGACAAGGAAUUGGUGCUCGCUGCAGUGAAGCAUCAUGGCCAAUCUUUGGCAGAUGCGCACGAGUCCCUGCAAGGGGAUCGUGAGGUGGUUCUGGCAGCACUUUGCCAAGACUGGCAGGCUUUGCGCUUUGCUUCCAGCAAGCUGACAGAGGACCGAGAGGUGGUGUUGACGGCGCUGCGCUUAGAUGCUCGGGCCAUGGCCAUGGCAUCAGCCAAGCUGAGGGGCGACAAGCACUUCAUGUUGGAAGCGGUGCAGCUGCAGGGUUUCUGCCUGCAGUUUGCCAGCAAGGAGCUACAGGGAAACCCCAAGGUGGUGGGUGCAGCAGUGCGGCAAGAAGGCCAGGCUAUCAGAUUUGCCUCCCCAGAGCUACAACAGAAUGAGGAAGUCCUGUUGGAAGCCCUUGAACAAGAUUGGAGGGCCUACCAGCAUGCUGCUUCACACCUGUUUGACGACAGCAACUUCUGUCUGAAGGCAGUUCAGAGGAGUUGGCGAUUGCUACAGGUUUUGCCAGCUGCAAAGAGGGAUGAACGGCGGAUCGUUGAAAGUGCCGUGCGCCAAAACGGCUUGGCACUGGAAUGGGCUUCCCAGCAACUCCGUGCCGACCGCGAUGUGGUCCUUACAGCUGUCCGCUGUACCUGGCAAGCUGCACGCUAUGCCUUGGGUGCCGCCCGCAAGGACCGCAAUGUCUUGCUGACCUCCGGUGAAGCUACCGCCACGGAAUGGGCAGCGGCCGGUGAUGUCUCUCUGGCCUGUCAGGAACUGGGCGAAGAGGACAAGCUCAUCGAGGUCCAAGACCGCUACACCAUUGUUUGCACCAUCUCCGGUGAGAGCGUCCUGGAACGUCAAUUCGAUCCAGUCCUAUCACUGAAGGCGGUCAUCUCAGCCUUGGGAGCGAAGGAAGCAUUUUGGCAACUGCGUCUCUUCCAAGAUUCCGUGCAGCUCACUGAGGAUUUGCGGCUUCAAGACUUGUGUUUGAAGAAUGAUAAGAAUGGAGGCAAGGCGAGCGGAGAGGCGAGAGAGGCGAGAGAGCUCACCUUGAGUUUGGUGCGAAGUUCCCCACGGGCCUUGGCGCUCACAGGUCGCUGCAAUGGAUCAUUGCAACUCUGGGAUUUGGACGGCCGGUGUAUCCACACCAUGGGAGGAGCCAAGGAUAGCACCGAGAAUGAGCAUCAAGUGACAGGCUUGGAGGUUGAUUGGACAGGUCUACGGGCUCUCUCAGGUGACUUGUGUCACAACGUUCGGCUAUGGGACCUGGAGCAGGGCAAGUGUUUGUAUAUCAUGUCCGGACAUGCGGCUACAAUAAGAGGAGUGGCGGUGGAUUGGACUCGUCACCUGGCUGUGACGCAUGAUGCUGCUGGCUUGCUGAUUUGCUGGGAUUUGCAGACUGGAAACCAACUCUAUUUGCUCUUUGCUCACGAAGGUGGCGUGCACGACGUUGAGGCCGACUGGGCCAACCUCCGCUUCGUCAGUGUUGGUCAGGAUUCCAUCAAGACUUGGAUCCAAGGGCAGGAGCUGUGGACAUGGCAUCUUCGAGGACUAUGUCGCAUAGAGCAUCUUGUGGACUGCGGCCUUGAGUGUUCUUGGAAUGAUGAUCGCUUGGCUGCCUGCUGGAGUAUGGCAGUCCACCUUUGGGACCUUCAGACGGGGCAACUUCUUUGGGUCUUGCGUGGCCACAGUGGAGAUAUCAGUGGUUACGAGGUGAACUGGGAAGCUCAGCAGAUCUGCUCCUGGAGUGAAGAUGGUUGCAUACUCCUUUGGGACAUCGAACAUGGCCAAUUGCUCCAAAAGAUGGUUGGACAUCAAGAGGUGACCGGUGCUGUGUGCACCUGGGAGCCUGCUUUCCGAUGCCUCAGCUAUGGCGAAUGUACGCUGCAGCUUUGGCACCCCUGUGCCACAGCGCGGGCGGCCGUACUCAAUGGACACACGAAUUUGAUUAGCAAAGCUGAGGUCUCCUGGGAUCGGGAACUGGCAUUGAGCUGGGCUGAUGAUUCCACCUUGAAGCUUUGGGAUCUCAAGGAACGGACGUGCUUGCGUACAUUGCGCGGUCAUGUGGGCCCUGUGUGGUCUGCGCACGUGGAUUGGAGCAAAUCAAAAGCGCUGAGCUACAGUUUUGCCCAGCGGUCGCUGUUCUUUUGGAACCUGCAGGAUGGCAGCAACACUGAGAUCUUCCUGGAGGAGGAGGCAACAAGAAACUUGUCCGCUCCCGCUUGGAUUGGUGGAGCUGAAGUAGAUUGGGAAAGCGAUUGUGCGGUAGCUUGGUCUCUGAGCGAUAGUGUCCUCCGGGCCGUUGAUCUACGACGGCUCGGUCGACCCAAAUUCCUGGAGUGUUGCAGCAUGGCGCGGGGGUGGUCUUGGCGUGAAUGGUGCCAGACCUCAUGGGCUGACACCUUGGACUACGUAUCUGCUGGUCGAGGUAGGCAGCCGAAGAACUGGGAGCCUUGUGAGAUCGUUGAAAGGGAUGCCAAUCUGACUCUGCGGCAAAAUGCCGCUCGGUGGCUCCAAGCCAAGGAGGUCGUGAACGAUCCCUUAUCAAAAUCCUCAAGCAAGGGCUCUGUGACCUUCAUCGCGAAAUGCAAGGAGUGCAAAGACGGCUGCACCAAAGCGUGGUUGUUUGCAGAAGGCCCACGAGAUUCUCAGAUGGCAGUUUCGCAGUGUGGGUCGCAUGGUCAGAAGGACGUGGUGCACAUCCGCAGGAGAUUGGCCAAGCAGUAUGCGCAGACUCACACUGGUGGUGUGGCAUUGCUGAAGAUGGAGGAAAGUGGAAUUCCAAUAGAGCAUCGGCCGGAAAUGUGGCGUUUGAAAAACGCUCGCCCGUGCAGGGCAGAGGUACGUGCGAAGCUCACAGCUGAUUGCGUAGCCAGUGUGCAGGCUUGGAUGGCAAAUCCACCUGAGAAUGUUUGCAUCAUGGAUUCAAGCAUUUGCAAUGCUGACCGCAUCAGCAUUCUCUUCCACUUCAAAGAUGCAGAUUCCUUUCUCCAGCAGAACCAGCACCUUUCUGUCUUUGUUGCUGAUUUUACGUUCGAGACGAAUCAGCAGUCCUUGGUAUUAGGAGGAAUCGGCCCAGCAGGCCUUAGGUCUGGUGGGAGCCAGAAGCCAGGGGUUCGUAUGCUGCCAACACAUUUCCUUUUGUCCCGCAAAGAGGGCAAAGAGUCCCAAAUGACUUUGUUCAAGGCAUUUGCUGCUGCGGCUCAUCGCAAUGGGAUCCGACUGAGUCAUGGAUUCGCUGAUUGCUCAUGUAUGGAAGGCAUCCAAGCGGUCAUUGAAUCUGACCCUGGGUUGCAGCAUGUGCAAGUUCAUCGUUGCCUCCACCACACCAAACAGAAUGUGAAACAGGAAGUCAAACGGCGCAACAGUGAAACUGGUGAGGUGCGUCUGCGCAACAUGGAACUGUUGCCCGUGCUGCUGAGCUUUGUCAUGGUUCCGGCUGGCUUCACUACGUACACCUCCAACAGUUUGGAACGCAGUUGGAGAACGAUCAAGGGCUUACUGCGCAAAAGGACAUUGCGCAAGAAGGAUGUGGGAUCUCUCAUGAAAGGCGUUUGCGAUUCCUUUCACUCCAAGUUAGCAGCUGGAGACUAUGAGAACUUGAAGGCGGCUGUGGCGGACGCACCUUCCUGCUUACAUGUACGAAGCCAAAAACAAAGCGUGCAGGUGGACAGUUUGGACUCGGAACAAGAGGCCCAGGUCGUGCACCGUGAGCGUCUCGAUUUGGACGCCUUGUGCAAGUGGUUCCACAAGCAUGGGCCCACUGGAACAUUUGUGGCGAGCGUUUGCAACAAGCCUCUGGAUGAUGGGUCCACUGCCCGCCUUUGCUAUGCUUUUCCAAAAUAUUGUUUGCAGCAUGCGCUUCAAAAGAAACCAGAGAUGCUGGCGGCUUUGCAACUGGGCUUGAACCUUACCUCCGAAGAGGUCAGACACGCAGCGGCUUCUCCACUCACAGGUUCGUAUGAUGUCAUUCGCCAUCUCCAUCUUCGAAGCAACUUUUGCACAGUGUGGGUAACAACGGACAACCGUGUCGUGGAUGGACACCGCACCUACAUGAGCUUCGCGGGACACUCUGAACACUCUCUGUUUGUACAUGCCUUGCUGCAGCCAGGUGGCAUUGCCAAGAUACCAGGUGGACCCAAAUCCAAUCUUGGGAAGAAACGGAAAAAGCCGCUUCCCAAAAAAUCAGCGCAUUUGAAAAGAAUGUUGAGAGCUCCCUCUUCACAGAACUCCAAUGUGGUGCCUGCUGAGAUUCUGUCAGAAGUCCGUCCAGAUGAUGCCUGCGAUCUUCUUCCUGGAAGUGUCACAGAGUCCUCUCAGCGAGCUGUUGUGGAAGCAGCUGGCCAAGAAAAAGAAGUCCUUUGCAUGUCGACCACGUUGAGAGGAGACAGGUGCAAGCGCAAACGUACUCAUGGCUGCUUUUGCAGCCACCACUUUGAAAUUUCUUCCACUGAGAAAUGGUCUUUGCAGUUGUAUGAGUCAGUACAAGAGCCUGCUUCACAUGCAAUGCAUCUCUGGGAGGAGAGACAGUUGAAUCUUGCCUUGCAACAAUCCUUGCAGGAGAACCAGGAGCUUAUGGAGAAAAUUGCGAAAAGCAAUGCCUUGCUGGACUCACGGUUGCAUUGCUUGGGACUGAAACGAGUCCCGGUUGCAGCAGAUGGUGAUUGCCAAUUCUCAGCCAUAGUGUUUUCGGCACAGGUGCCUUUGACGGCUCUGCAACUACGCAGAAGUGUCGUUGGGUAUCUGAGACCUCUCUCCGCAUGCUUUGGUGCCCGCAUGGAAAACCAAUUUCGAGGCAGAUAUGGAUCGUACUGCUCCCACAUGGAGCAGCCAGGGGCAUGGGGAGAUGAUCUCACGUUGUUGGCCUCUGCGCAUUGCCUCAGAAGGCCCUUGAAAAUCGUCACAGAUUCCUCAGCGACAGAUCCAAAGCAAUACAUCCGUAUCAUCACACCUCCGCAGUGCAUCAGCAGUGCCUGCUGGGGCCCAGAGGUGACAUUGUGUGUCUCAAUGGAUAGACACUUUGAUGCGACCGAGAACUUGUGA